AGAUGUGGUUAGGAACGCAGCCAACCACCACCAGCAGCAGCUGAGCAUCAUCCGCAGCAGCAGCAGUGCGCGUUGUGUUCGUGGAUUCUGCUGCUGUGUUGUGGUCACUGACAGUCUUGGAGAAUUCGUGCGAUACAAGCAUCCCUUCGUCUUACCCUGCAGCGUGAUCAGAUCGUUUGGGGCAAAGCUACCAUCUAAACAUCUCAUGGCGACGUCGGCGGCAGCGGCCAAGGGGACGUUCCAGUUUGCCAUCGACCGUGGCGGCACCUUCACGGACGUGUUCGCACGCUGCCCCGGUGGCCGGGUCCGUGUCCUCAAGCUGCUGUCCGAGGACCCCGCGCACUACCCUGACGCUCCCCGCGAGGGCAUCCGCCGCAUCUUGCAGGAGGAGACGGGCAUGGCAAUGCCCGCGGGGCUGCCCCUGGAUACGGCGGCCGUGGAGUGGAUCCGCAUGGGCACCACGGUGGCCACGAAUGCGCUGCUGGAGCGCAAGGGAGAGCCCAUGGCCCUGCUCAUCACGCGCGGAUUCCGAGACCUGCUGCACAUCGGCAACCAGGCCCGACCGAAAAUAUUUGACCUGGAAAUCCGAAUGCCUGAGGUGCUCUAUGAAGAAGUCAUCGAGGUGGAGGAGAGAGUGGUUCUCCAACAGCAGAAAUGUCAGCUCCCAGGAAAGGAGGCACAUCCGAUUGUUACAGGUUCGACGGGCGAGAAGCUGGAGGUCUGGAAGGAGGUCGACCUCGCUGACCUGGAGGAGAAGCUUAGCGGAGUGUUGGCCCGGGGCAUCAGCAGUUUGGCCGUGGUGCUCAUGCACUCGUACACGUGGGCGGGACACGAGCGGAGCGUGGGCGAGCUGGCACGCCGCAUGGGGUUCCGGCACGUGUCACUGUCAUCGGACAUCAUGCCCAUGGUGCGGGCGGUGCCGCGCGGCUACACGGCGUGCGCGGACGCCUACCUCACCCCGUGCAUUCAGAAGUACCUGUGCGGCUUCACCGCCGGAUUCCGCAACGAGCUGCAGGACGUGCGGGUGCUGUUCAUGCAGUCGGAUGGCGGGCUCACCCCGAUGGGGAGAUUUAACGGGUCGCGCGCCAUCCUGUCCGGCCCAGCGGGCGGCGUGGUGGGCUACGCCGUCACCACCAGCACGGCGGACGAGCGCCAGCCCGUCAUCGGCUUUGACAUGGGCGGUACGUCGACGGACGUGAGUCGAUUUGCCGGCUCGUACGAGCACGUGUUUGAGACGACCACGGCAGGGGUGACGAUCCAGGCACCGCAGCUCGACAUCAACACAGUGGCAGCGGGUGGCGGCUCCAUUCUGUUCUUCAGAGCUGGCAUGUUCGUGGUUGGUCCGGAGUCGGCUGGUGCUCACCCUGGCCCAACUUGCUACAAAAAAGGUGGGCCGCUCACCGUGACCGAUGCAAACCUGUGCCUGGGUCGGCUGCUCCCGGAGUUCUUCCCCAAAAUUUUUGGACCGGAUGAGACGGAGCCUCUGGGCAAGAAAGAGACGUCGACCGCGUUUGCGAAAAUGACGGCGGACGUGAACGACUUCCUGGCUGGGCAAGCGUCUGGGAGUUCGCAGGCCCCCCCCGACAACAUGAGUGUGGAGGAGGUGGCCAUGGGUUUCAUUCGAGUGGCAAAUGAGGCCAUGUGUCGCCCCAUCCGGGCACUCACACAGGUACCGGUCACGAACACCUCCCAGCACGUGCUGGCAUGUUUCGGCGGCGCAGGAGGACAGCACGCCUGUGCCAUUGCACGCGCCCUCGGCAUGAGCACAGUCUUCAUUCACAAGUAUUCUGGCAUCCUGUCCGCGUACGGCAUGGCGCUGGCGGACGUGGUGCACGAGUGCCAGGAGCCGAGCGCGCUUGUGUACGGACCGCCUGCCUUCCGACGCUUGGAGGAAAGGAUCACAGCACUCGAUCAGCGUUGCGUGCAAGAGCUGCAGGCUCAGGGCUUCGCCCGGUCCCAAAUCCACACGGAGGUGUUCCUGCACAUGCGCUACGAACGGACCGACUGCGCUCUCAUGUGCUCUGCCUGUGGGUUCCCUGUAAACGAGGCCUCUUGUAGCUACGGAGACUUCCUUCAGGCCUUCACGCAACGGUACAAGCAGGAGUUUGGCUUCACGAUCCCUGGGCGCGCGGUGGUGGUGGACGAUGUGAGGGUGCGUGGGGUCGGCAAGAGUGGCGUCCACGCGGAGCCCGAACUUGCUGCCAGCGAGGAACCGCCGCCUCUCAGGAAGGUGACGCGUUGCUACUUUGAAGAGGGUUACCUGGACACCGGCGUGUACCUGCUGGGGGAGCUGAUGAGCCAGCACACUAUCCCAGGCCCCGCCAUCAUCAUCGACAACAACAGCACCAUCCUGGUGGAGCCGGGCUGCACAGCGAGCGUGACGGCGCACGGGGACGUCCGUGUGGCCGUGGGCCGCGCCUCGCCCUGCACGGUGGGGCCGCGCCUCGACGCUGUCCAGCUCUCCAUCUUCUCGCACCGUUUCAUGAGCAUUGCCGAGCAGAUGGGACGCAUUCUGCAGCGCACGGCCAUCUCCACCAACAUCAAGGAGCGCCUCGACUUCUCGUGCGCCCUCUUCGGACCCGAGGGGGGCCUCGUCUCCAACGCCCCCCACAUCCCCGUGCACCUGGGUGCCAUGCAGGAGACGGUGCAGUACCAGAUCAGAAACCUGGGAGAUAUCAAAGAAGGCGACGUGAUCUUGAGCAACCACCCGUGUGCUGGAGGGAGCCACCUGCCUGAUCUCACCGUCAUAACCCCAGUGUUCCGGGCAGGCGUGGAUAGGCCUGUGUUUUUCGUGGCGAGCCGCGGGCACCACGCAGACAUCGGGGGCAUCACACCCGGCUCAAUGCCACCAAACUCCACCACGCUGCAGCAGGAGGGGGCUGUGUUCAUCUCCUUCAAGCUCGUGAAGGAUGGCAUCUUCCAGGAGGAAGCGGUGACCGAAGCGCUCAUGGCUCCCGGCCUCGUGCCCGGCAGCAGCGGCACACGCAACCUUCAGGACAACCUGUCGGACCUGCGCGCUCAGGUGGCAGCCAACACCCGUGGCAUUGCUCUCGUCGGACAGCUCAUCGACGCGUACGGCCUGGCCACCGUGCAGGCCUACAUGCAGCACAUACAGAACAAUGCAGAGGUGGCGGUCAGGCAAAUGCUCAAGGAGUUUGCGCUCGGUCUCUUGGCUCCCGGCAAUGAUGGGCCCCUUCGGGUGGAAGCCGAGGACCAUAUGGAUGAUGGAACGCCUAUCCGUCUGUCGGUGGAGAUCAACCCUGCCGAUGGCAGUGCGGUCUUUGAUUUCACAGGGACCGGUCCAGAGGUGAAGGGCAAUUGUAAUGCUCCCCGUGCCAUCACGCUCUCCGCACUCAUAUACUGCCUGCGUUCCAUGGUGGGACAGGACAUUCCUCUAAAUCAGGGCUGCCUGUUCCCUGUGAGGGUGGUGAUCCCGGAGGGCUCCAUACUGUCGCCCUCUCUGGGUGCCGCCGUGGUGGGAGGGAACGUCCUGACGUCUCAACGCAUCGUCGACGUCAUCUUCCGAGCCUUCUCUGUGUGCGCUGCAUCGCAGGGCUGCAUGAACAACAUCACGUUUGGAGACGAGGAGGUCGGCUACUACGAGACGGUGGCGGGCGGCGCUGGCGCCGGGCCGCACUGGAGCGGCCGCAGCGGGGUCCACACUCACAUGACCAACACUCGCAUCACGGACCCCGAGAUUCUGGAGAAGAGGUACCCCGUUGUGCUGCAGAAGUUCGCACUGAAUGCUGGGACGGGGGGAAAGGGGCGGCACUCUGGCGGCGAUGGAGUGACGCGGGAGCUGCUCUUUCGCCGCCCCCUCCUGCUCUCCGUGCUGACAGAGCGCCGGCGCUUUGCGCCGUACGGGCUGAACGGAGGAGCUCCUGGGGCUACCGGACGGAACUGGUUUAUCCGGGCGAACGGAGAGAGCCUCGAGCUGGAAGCCAAAUCCUCCGUAUCCGUGCAGCCCGGGGACACGUUUUGCCUGCAAACACCAGGAGGCGGCGGCUUUGGAAAGCUGGAAGACAACGCUGACCACGGCGGCGAAGAGCCGCGUGCCACCGAUGGGCGUGAGCCAGCCAGAGCUUUUGCUGAAAGAGGCAGCUUGUUUGACUACAAGCAAGCCCAGGAAUCCGUUUAAAUUGUUCGCAGCAACGACAGCUGGCUCAGCACACCUCGCCUGCCGACAUACGCCGCACAACAACAAUGCAGGUGAUGUAACGCAAAGCGCCGAGGGAGGCCGACACUGUAAACUGGGUUCUGCAACACACUGCCCGCGCUCCUGUUUAAGAACGAAGAUGUUGCUAUGGUCACCGGUGCCCGAUUUGUGUUGGAUUUAACACAAAGCGGGAACUUAAAUAAAAGCAUGCGGAGUGUUCAAAUAAUCCUUGCGCGUUCUACCAAAUCCAGCUUAGCGUCGGCCUUUAAGCGUAGAAACGUACAUUGUGUUGUGUGCGUCUCUUGGUAGGCAAGGGUGUUGCUGAAGCAGUUUCCACUGCCAUGUCCCGUGAAGUUAAUUGAAUAACCGAUCGCUUUGCCUGCGAUCCCCAUACAAAUAAUGUAUUCGCAAACGCCAAGAAAUUCUAAGAAAUAACAUUUCAAAGCUACCUCAUGGGGCUUAACCCAAUAGCUCCAAUCCAAAUAAGCUUGCUAUCAUUUUCACCGAUGUAUUUUGUGUGUCUGUAUGCAACAAGAUUCAGUUGAAUAAAA